AUGGUUCCCAUCCCUGAUGCUCAUGCACGGCCACCAGAUUCGAUGCGAGAUCUUUUCAAGCGUCGGCGGAAACAAUCACCUGCAUCUAUCGAUUCUGACGUUGAGAUAAUCGACCCUUACAACCCAAAGGCCACUCCUGUCACGUUUCUGCCGGCGUCGGAACAAUGCCCACACAUUGAGCUCGCCAUGCUGGAGCAAGAAUUCGCUAAGGGGAUCACAAUUGCUCGGCUGUCGGCACAUGUCUGUGAUCGCUUUCCCUCGCCCGCGUUCGAAAUCAACGCCCUGCCCGGUCUGCUUGUUUUCCCUUCGCUGCUCACUCCUCGCCUGCAAAUUGCAUUGCUGGAGAAGCUCCUCCAUCGUGACUUGAACAAUCCCGAGCACAAGACUAAUUUGCAUCUGCACUACAAUAUCGACUAUCCUACCACGGAAGGAGGUGACUUGCCAAAUCUUGACUGCGGCUUGUCUUCCUUCUUUAGCUCUGACCAGUCAACAAUGUUAAGACCCAAGGACCCCUCGGUCCACCGCCCUCUCACGAUCACUCAAAUGCUUGACUCAAAGCUGCGAUGGGUGACCUUGGGAGGCCAAUACGACUGGACCAACAAGGUCUACCCUAACGAGGCACCGCCAACCUUCCCACCUGAUAUUGCAUCCCUUCUCAAAAGUCUUUUUCCUUCUGUCGAUGCCCAAGCGGCGAUUUUGAACUUCUACAGUCCUGGAGACACUUUGAGUAUUCACAGAGAUGUCAGCGAGGAAUGUGACCGGGGUCUCAUCAGCAUAAGCAUGGGAUGUGACGGUCUCUUCCUUGCCGGAAAUGAAGAUGGGACAGAGGCUGUCACUCUCCGCUUGAGGUCUGGAGAUGCGGUCUUGAUGUCAGGAAACGCUAGAUAUGCCUGGCACGCCGUGCCCAAGAUCAUACCUGAUACGUGUCCUUCCUGGCUGCAAAACUGGCCAGAUAUUGAUGAAACGAACAAAUAUAAAGCGUGGCAUGGGUGGAUGAGGACUAAGCGCAUCAACCUCAAUGUUCGACAAAUGAAAGAAUCCUGA